CUCCUGCGCUCCGUGUGGGCUCUCGGUGUGUGUGCCGAGCAGGAGGUGGAGAAUCUGUCUGGGCUGUCCACCAACCCGGAGCGGGACAUUUUCGUAGUGCGUGAGAACGGGACGACGUGUCUGAUGGCGGAGUUCGCGGUCCGGUUCCUGAUCCCGUAUGACGUUCUGGCGCUGAACGGCAUCGAUGGGAAACACACUGCCAGCACACACCGUCUCUCGGCGCUGGUGACUCCGGCCGGGCGCUCCUAUGUGUGUGCGGCGCAGCAGACGCUGACUCUAAUCUCCAGCGACCAUCAGAAGGGCGUCACCGUGUCGAUCUACGACAUCCAGAUCCAGCCCUUCGACAUCAACGCAGACUUCGUCUUCAGUGAAC